UUUAUUAACGCACAGUGAUCGCGUUAGACACGUGAUACGCUGACUAUUUGUACAGUUGCUCUUUAAAUAGAUCGUUAGGGAAAAUCAGGGUAAACGUUUUAUUACAUUGUGAUCAGUUGCUAUAACAAGGUAAAGAAUCAUGCCACAGGCAGCGGCGCAACCUUUGAGUCAAGCACAAGAGCCACCACAAAUGGCACAACAACAGCAACAGCAAUGGAUGCAAAUGCCCCAAAGCGUUCCUGGGUGUCCACCGGGCUUGGAAUAUCUUACUCAGUUAGACCAACUACUCGUGCAUCAGCAAGUCGAGUUGUUUGAAGCUUUAACAAACAUUGAAACGAAGAAUCGCUUCGUCCUAAAGAACGCGCUUGGUCAGCAAUGUUACUACGCCUAUGAAGAAUCUGAGUUAUGUAUGAGAAUAUGCUGUGGUCCAGGUCGUGGUUUCAUCAUGCAUGUUGUUGAUAACGCGGGUAGGGAAGUACUGCGCAUGACCAGGGAAUUCAAAUGCUGCGCAGGUUGCUGUUGGUGUGCCAAUACCGACCACUGCGCUUUUAACAUCACUGUCGAAUCUGGAGGAACACACCUCGGAACCAUUAAGCAGGCACAAUCGUGUUGGAUACCAAACUACCAUAUCCUUGAUGAAACUAACAAAGAAAUCUUUAAAAUCGAGGGCCCGUGCUGUAUCUGUCAAGGUGCAUGCUGUACUUGUGAUUUUCCUUUUCACAUAAAAACAGCUGAUGGAGCGGAGUCUGUAAUCGGUAGUGUGACGAAACAAUGGUCAGGUCUGGGCAAGGAAAUGUUCACGGAUGCUACCAACUUCUCAGUUACUUUUCCCAAGGACCUUGACGUAAAAAUGAAGGCGGUUUUGCUGGGCGCAACAUUUCUUAUCGACAUCAUGUUCUUUGAGAAAAACAACAAUUAGUUCGAAGAUCGGCAUAAUUCAUCUAUCUCUACGCCUUUAUUUUAGUAUACAAACAAAUUGCAUUUACAAUUACAUACCUAAGCAACAAACUGUAAAUUUUAAAGGGACCGCUUACAUGUUAAAAGAUUCGUUACACUAAGAUAUGGUUUAAUGAUUAUAUUCAUUAUAUUAUGUGUUAUUAUUUAGUAGUCUGUCUCAAAAAUAGCGUAGUAGUGUUACGACGUCUUCGAUUCAAAUGUCUCGUAUGUGUAAUUUAAUUAAGUAUUGCGCAAUUCAUUUUCCACCAAUUGCCCUGAAACGCAACAAUGAAUAUGAAUAUUGUUACCAUUUUUUGUUUUACAUCCUGUAUAACUGUAGUAUGUACAUAAAUACAGCCGAGAGUAUCGUUGUUAACGUUUUAAGGCGGUUUGUGAAUAAAGAACUUAUUUAUACAA